AAAGCUUGGACUUAAAACUUAAAGCCUCCACUAGCUUAGGUAACAUUGGAUCCAUCGGGAAUCGGUCGAAGAAUCAAGUUUGUCGUUCGGUUCAUGAUGGGACCGAAACUGGUGGCAAGGAAUAUAUCUUCUCCUUUUCUCCUUUUCCCCUUAUACAACUCACUCGGUAAAAAACCAGCCAAAGAUGAUAACUGAAAGCCUAUUUGCUGCAACGUCGUCAGGCGUCAAUCUCUCCAACUCCGAUCAAAGCCGAUCGGUCGGUGGAGAUCCUUUUGCCGACCAUCAAUCCUCUGGACCGACCCCUCUUCAAGUAGCAAUUGCACGACAUCGCACUGGAAUUUUGACUGCAACCGUUGCUGGACACUUUGCGCAUUGGCAAUAUCUUACGCGGUUUCGUCGAAUUAAUGUCCAGGCUACUGCGAAUCGAGCUCCUCUUGCACGGCUCGGUUUGGCCUGGGGCCUCGUAUACCUCGGCGUCUUGAGCACUAUCACUGUGGCUCAGCGCAAAGUGUCAAAGAAUACUGAUCCUCUUUUCUCGCCUAUAGAGUCUACAAAAAUAGUCUCAUAAUGUCGGCUGAUUUCUGGGCUGGCUAUCUCAGUGGUGCUGUUGGAAUCAUCAUCGGAAAUCCUCUUGAUGUGAUCAAAGUUCGACUUCAAGCACAACAUACCAGUCCAGUGACGAACCCGCCUGUUGGUUCGAUCCCUACAGGAACAACAGCAGCGGCUUCAACCAUCAACCAGAGUGCAUCUUUCAGCACGCGGUACCUCGGAUCAUACGCCUCCUUGGUGACUGGAACUGCAGCACCAAUUCUCGGUUACGGUGCGCUGAACGCCUUACUCUUUGUUUCUUAUAACCGAACCGAGGCGGCAUUAAAUAGCGUAUUCUCAACAUCUGGAAACUUGUGGAAUACCUGGCUUGCUGGGGCGGUGGGCGGUCUUGCAACUUGGGUCGUUAGCACCCCCACCGAACUGAUCAAGUGCAGGGCGCAGCUGGCAUCCUCUCCAACCUCAAGCUGGGCUAUCACCAAGGAUAUCUGGAAAAAAGAAGGUGCUCGAGGUCUUUACUUCGGCGGAACUGUGACUGCUAUCCGGGAUAGCGUUGGUUAUGGCUUUUACUUCUGGUCCUACGAGCUGACUACCCGUUGGCUGGCCACGGAACAGGGCGAAGAAACCUCUUUGCAACACGAGGCCGCCAAAGUUCUCCUCUGCGGAGGACUAGCUGGUGUCGCAACUUGGGCGAGCAUAUUUCCACUCGAUGUUAUCAAGACUAGGGUUCAGGCACAGACCCUUGGCGGACAAGCAGAAACAACACCCCUUCUGCAACCCAACGUAGCGUCACAAACCAAACGGGCUGGCGCAAUACAGGUCGCACGUGAGGCGUACCGGGAGGGAGGCUCUCGUGUUUUCUUUAGAGGGUUGACUGUCUGUAGCGUGCGAGCUUUCAUAGUGAAUGCUGUCCAGUGGGCGGUUUACGAAUGGGUCAUGUUCGAACUCGGGCAUGGACGGAAGAAGACAGUGGCCAACGAGCCUAGGGUAGAGAUGGUACAAACAUGAUGCAUGAGGUCUUCAAUGUGCUCAAAUGAGGACCAGACCAUUGCGGCAAAUCUUUGUAAUGACACCAUGCCAUGCAGUCGGAUAUUCAGCAUCGACCCAGCUUCCAGGCAAUCUGCCACGGCCCUGUCCACACCCCAUCAUGAUUUUUGUCAGGCGACCAUCAAUUUUCCGAUCAGGACUUACGAGCUGCGCAACACAUUCCCAACCCCUAGCAGUAAUUGUACCUUCUUGCUGCUUUAUGCGGGCAACGUUGGGCGCUUCGUGAUGGAUGACAAAUCUGGAUCACUCAGACGAGCCAUGGCCAACUUGACGAAAAAGAACUCUGGCCACACGGCCCGCCAACAGCUAGGUGAAGGGCAAGGGCCAAUGUCAUCUGGGAAGCCGGGAAGUCUGUCUGUGAUGCAGAUGAAAGGGACACAUCGUCAAUCGAUCAGUACAAUCUAAUACUACUACAAAUCGUCUCAGAAUCGUUCCAAGAUAUUAUUUGGUGAAUUUAGCCAUUACUCCAAUCCUAACGCACAGAAAGUUAACCUAGUUUUCGCCCUCUUGAUCUUGAAUAGGAUACCUGGGCGCCUUUAAUCCAUGUUUGUUACCAACUGCUGCUCACUAGUCUCAAACAGUGCUGUUUUCUUUGUUGGAUGGCUUGACCUCACGCCAACCUUCAAGCCCUGCCUUGUCUUUCCACUUUUGGGUAUCCUCGUUGUAUUGCUCCAACCAUUUAGCCAUGGCAUCACUGGCCUGUGCAACAAUGUCUGUUUUCGCUUGGCGCGCAUCUGCUGCAACCCUUUCGAGUUUCUUGUUUGAGUUACUCCCGAUCUGCUCGUCGCGCUCCUUUCUCUUCCUCUCCCGGUCGGCCAACCAUUCUUUCCUCCCAGCCAGAUAUUUGGCGCUGUGUCCUAAACCAGCACUUUCGUGGGAGAUGCCCUUGUGGGGUCUGUCGAGAGGAGGAGCAGUGAAGAAGAGAACUCGGCCAGAACUGUCAUGUUGAAAUGACUCUCGCAACUCCUUUGGCAUCGCAUCGUUCAUAUUGUCGGGAAGUGCGUAGACCUCUGGUGGUCUUGGUGGGUUAUACACAUUGCCACCCUGCAUAGGCAUCCCUGGUGCAGCCGGCAUUGGACUGCGAGCGACUGGAGUGGCCUGCACUUGGUUGUAUGCCUGGGUCAUGUGGUUUGGCAUAGGUGUUUGCUGAUGCAUAGGAGGCACCGAUUGCCCAUAGUUAGGGGCGAAUCCUUGUGCAUAUCCUGCCUGUGAGUGCUGAGGUUGGUGUUGAUAUUGCACAGGUCGUACAGACACUUGAGGCUGAGCACCCAGGUGAGGUUGAUGUGGAAUAGGGACUGGAGUCUGUUGAACUUGUGCUGGCUGGGCGCCAGGAGUGACUGGCUGAAAGUGAGGUGUCAUGUGAGCAUUGUAUGGAACGGGCGAAGGUGAAGGACCUCCAGGAUAGGAUAUUGAAGGAUGUCUCCCGGAAUGAUCACUAGGAAUGCCACCAGGCACUGACAACAUUGAAGCGCGCCGGCCAGAAUCAGCGCCAGCAUCAGGUAGUGGGACCGCCGACAUGGCUUGUGGCGGAGGGGUGGGCACUGGCGGUGGUGAUUCCUAGAAAGUUAUGGUUAGUUGAUUAAAGUGAGACGAAAGAAAGCCUGAGGCAUGCAUGAAUCACGAUCAAGAAUCAGGCGUUGAAGCUGAGAAGGAAAAAAAGGCGUUGGCGGGCAGGGAUUAUGUAGGGCGUUCGUUUGCUGAUAACGAAUACAUCGAUGGCCAGCCGAGUCAUGGCAUGGCAUGGCAGGACAGAAGAAACGAAAGAACAGAUGCGCUUCACUUACAUUGGCCUCCCGUUUACGGCGAUGUACGGCUCCAACAAUAGGCGGGGCAUUUGGGCUUCCCCAUGUUGGCUUGGGGAGUUCAUCUGUCUCCUUUGCAUCUUCGCGGAGCAAAUGCUUAAUAGGGCUGGGAAUCUUCUUCAUGCGCCGAGGCACAUCAAAGAGGUCCAUUUCAUAGUCCUUGUCGCGUACCUCGUCUGGGACACAGCUUGCCCACGUCUUGAUCUUGUUGAAUGUGAACUUCUCCUCGUUGUAGCGUGAUUCACACACAUAAAUUUCCUUGUCCAGAGGAAAUCCUCGAGGUCGCCCUUUAUUGAAUCGGGUCACGAACAUGACAAAGCAUCGGUCCAAGACCUCUUCAAUUUGAUGAUCCCGAUAUUGACCUGUCUUGACGACUUCAUGC